AUGAAGGUGCUGAUAAUCUGUCUGGCCUUAGUGGCUGCGAGCCUCGCUAUGCCCGUCGCGGAAGAGAAACAAGAAACUCCAGUCACACAAGCAGCCGUGGCGGAAGUUAAAUCUGGAGAGGACAAAGUUCAGAACGAUGCACAACCAGCUCCGGAAGAAAAGAAAGCCGACCCCGAACCUGCAAAAGAGGAGAGCAAACCAGCCGAAGUAGAAGCCAAAAACGCAGCCGCACCUAUUGAGGCAGCUGUAGAUCCUCAACCAGAAAUAAAGGAAGAAGCAAAAGAAGAAGUCAAGAAGGAAGAAAUUCCAGAAGUAAAAUCUGCAGAGCCUGUUAAAGAAGCCGAACAGAAAACAGAAGAAGCACAGCCAGAAGAAGCUAAACCAGAACAAAAAAGUGAGACCCCCGAAGUAAAACCUGAAGUGGCAUCAAAUCCAGAAGAAUCUCAAGCAAAAGUGGAAGAAGUUAAAGAACCGGCUGUUAAGGCCGCAGUUGCUGAAGGUUUCGAUGUAGUAAGCGCAGUUAAAAGUCCUGCAGCUGUUGCCGAUGAUAUCGUAGAUGCCGCUGCCAUUAACCCCAUUUCUGAAUCACAGCCAGCCGUAGCCCCUAAAAUUUCUGAGCCCGAAGAGAAGAAAGAUGAGAAACCAGCUCCUGAAUCACCUGCCGCUAAAAGCGGAGACGUCGCAGAAAGCGCACCAGCUGAACCUAAAGCCGAGGAAAAGAAAGAAGAACCUUCAGAAAAGUCAUCUGCUCCCGUUUCCCCCGUUGAACCAAAGUCCGGAGACGCUGGUGUAGUCGCCGAUGAAUCACAACGCGUUGUUCGCGAUGCCGCAGAUGAAGCUAAGCCCGAAGUACCGGCAGCAGAAACAAAAUCAGCAGACGUUCCCGUUCCCGAGGAAAAACCCGCAGUGCCAGAAGUAGCUGUUAAAGCGGCAGAGCCAAUUGUAGAAUCGAAGGACGAGAGCCAGAAAGUUGAAGAGAAGAAAGAAGAUGCUCCACAAGUCAAGGCAGCUGACGCACCCGUAGAACCAGCGGAGUCUAGCGAUGCGAAGCCGCAAGUGAAAGAGGGUGACUUACCCCUAGGCGACGGACCAGCUAAGAGCUCCGAGGAGAGUGCAGAAAGCGGCGAGAGCAAGGAGAAAGAUUCAGCGGAGGAGAGCGGCGAGAAAACUGAAAAGUCCAGCGCUACCUCCUCUUAG